AACCUGCAGAAGAACUGGCUUCGGGAAUUUUACCAGGUUGUACACACGCACAAGCCGCACUUCAUGGCCUUGCACUGUCAGGAGUUUGGAGGAAAGAACUACGAGGCCUCCAUGUCCCACGUGGACAAGUUUGUCAAAGAGCUACUGUCAAGUGAUGCAAUGAAGGAGUACAACAGGGCUCGAGUCUACCUGGAUGAAGACUACAAGUCCCAGGAGCAUUUCACAGCACUAGGAAGCUUUUAUUUUCUUCAUGAAUCCUUAAAAAACAUCCAUCAAUUUGACUUUAAAGCUAAGAAGUAUAAGAAAGUCACUGGCAAGGAGAUCUACUCAGACACCUUAGAGAGCACACCCAUGCUAGAGAAAGAGAAGUUUCCACAGGACUAUUUCCCCGAGUGCAAAUGGUCGCGAAAAGGUUUCAUCCGGACGAGAUGGUGCAUUGCUGACUGUGCUUUUGACUUGGUGAACAUCCAUCUUUUCCACGAUGCUUCCAAUUUAGUCGCCUGGGAAACAAGCCCUUCAGUGUACUCAGGCAUCCGGCACAAGGCCCUGGGCUACGUGUUGGACAGAAUCAUUGAUCAGCGAUUCGAGAAAGUCGCCUACUUCGUCUUUGGCGAUUUCAACUUCCGGCUGGAUUCCAAGUCCGUUGUCGAGACACUCUGCAUGAAGGCCACAAUGCAAACAGUCCGGGCCGCCGACACCAAUGAGGUUGUGAAGUUGAUAUUUCGAGAGUCAGACAAUGACCGGAAGGUUAUGCUCCAGUUAGAAAAGAAGCUCUUUGACUACUUCAACCAAGAGGUGUUUCGAGACAACAAUGGCACUGCGCUCUUAGAAUUUGACAAAGAGUUGUCUGUCUUUAAGGACAGACUGUAUGAACUGGACAUCUCGUUCCCUCCCAGCUACCCAUACAGCGAAGACUCCCGCCAGGGCGAGCAGUACAUGAACACCCGGUGCCCGGCCUGGUGUGACCGCAUCCUCAUGUCCCCGUCCGCCAAGGAGCUGGUGCUGAGGUCGGAGAGCGAGGAGAAGGUUGUUACCUACGACCACAUCGGGCCCAAUGUCUGCAUGGGAGACCACAAGCCCGUGUUCCUGGCCUUCCGAAUCACGCCCGGGGCAGGUAAACCUCAUGCACAUGUGCACAAGUGUUGUGUCGUGCAGUGACGUGGUGGGAAGAGAUGUCAGCGCCUCGAGAGGCCCCUCCAAGAGACCUCCCUGUAGCAGUAUACGAAUACGCACUCUCAACAGCUGCAUCGAGAACCCGCCCGAGCGCCACCCGCUAGCCGGCCGGCCCACACUUCGCUUCAGCCUCCGGACCAUCCGGAAAAGCCUCACAUACCUCACUGUCUUGUCUGUUCAUGUGGCAUUAAGUAGAAACAUUGGGUUUUUUAAACAAUCACAGUCCUGUUGCCAAAACUCUAAUAGACAGCAAAGAGAACCUGUCCCUUAGACUUCACAGUUUUCAGUUUCUUACGAUCGUCAGUGGAGGGGCUUCCAGCGUUUAGACCCCAGUGUCCGGCGUCCCCCUCCAGGUGGACCAUGCCGGGCCGGACAGGCGGAGGUGGGCGCUCCCUUGGCUGGCCAGGCAGCGUGGCCCUGAGCACUCAGGGACCGUCUGCCUCUUCCAGCGCCCCCGCUCCCCCGGGGGUGUCCACUCUGCGCCAUGUCACAUGGUUUUUGAAUCACACUGCAGCUGCUUUCCAUUUUGAUAUAUAUAAAUAUAUAUAUAUAUAUACUUUUUAAAAAUAAUUUAUAAAUCUUACCAAAACAUAUGCUAAAUAGUACUUUCCAGUAUGAAUGCACAAGAGUGUCAAAUCAGCCGGUAGAAUUGGAGUCUCGGAGUUUAGCUACGUGUCUGUCAACACCACAUCAAACAAGUAUGACCUAGAUUGCCAUCAUGGGUGCAAGUCAACCCUGCAGCACGUCUACACUAGCAGUUUGUUACUCCUAUGCCUUGUUUCUUGUAAUAUUAAGAACUGAAUGUGAAGUUUAUAGCUAGCCUGGGUGUACCUUUUAAGAAUUUUGUAAACCGUUUUGUCCGUUUUUUGUUACCGUUUUAUGGUGCCAAGUAUUCUACAUUAAAACAAUAAUAUCAUGGGAGAAAUAGCCUAGUCUGCUUCCAGUAGAAAUUGCUUUUAACAUGGGCUGUAUAUAAAAAUAUUAAAGAGAAAACUGUACAUUUCCUUGGUUGCUGUGCUACAAACAACCUAUGUAAUAACCUUGUUGCAAAUAUUUUUCUUCUAGCACUAAGUACAGCAUUAAAAGGUGAUUAGAGAGUCUGUUGAUGAAACACAAAUGUAUGUUUUAUUGAUUUUACUUUAGAACACUACAGAGUUCCUGGACUGGGUGAAGGCAUCAGAUCGAUGUUCGUUUUUUAUAUAAAUCACUACCACUGCGAGUGAUUUGAGUCCGCUUGCCAAGCCUGUUCCCGAGGGCCAGACCGGGUCUGAGAUGCGCGUGGUCCCCGCCGUCCGCGCCGCGGCGGUUCCAGAGCAGCGUCCGCGCCGCGGCUUUGGGCUGCUGGUCCUUCCGAGGCCGCUGGGAGUGACUCCUCCGGUUCUAAGCAAUAAAAGUGGCCGUGGUGAAGACA